CAGCGGCGGCGCCCGAGAUUUAGGCGGGUUCGCUGGCUUACCCACCCACUCCAGCACCAUAUAACCAGCGAAUUUCCUUUCAGUUGAUCACCACCAAAACAAUCGACGAAGUUAGACGAGAGAAGCCCUGGUUGUUGCAAAGAUGGCUAAUAGGUAAGAGACACAUUUAUUUUUUUACUAAUAUUCUUCAAAUGCUAUUAUGAUUUUGUUUAAUUAGUAAUUAGUGAGUUUGUUUUUUUAUGUAGUGAUUUUAGAAGAUUUGAACUAGUCGUUCGGUGGAAAUAAAAAAAAGUAGAGGACAAUUUUGGAGUCCAUUUCGUUGGUGGUAGAAGUUUUCAGUUGAUGGUUCCAUCCAGGGUGACAUAUCAAAAACUUUAAGGGAAUCUAAAUCCGAGAAUAUGGCGUAAAGACAAAGCAGUAAAAUAUAGUGAUGUGAUCACAGAUUUCACUUACUGUCUUCCAGAAUGGCAGAUUGGUGUUUUAUUUCAUUAUGUGAUGCCUAUUGUGGCCGAUGAUAGCUUGAAUAUGUUUUUCGAUUUUAUGGCACAUCACCCUUAUUGUUUGGGUGCUGAGAUACAUGCUGAGCUCAGUGAGGAUCGGGGUGGAGAGGAAGAAGAUGAGACAUGGAGCGUGCCAUCCGAUCAUGAUGACGGAGAGGAGGAGGAGGAGGAAGAUGGGGAAGGAGAGCAGCCUAAUUAUCCUCCAUAUUUUUACAUGCAGGGUAAUGAAGAGGACGGCGAAUUAUCAUAUGCUGACUCAUAUGGCGUAAUUCCAAUUUCUAUUAUUGUUGGUUUUGAAGGAGAAUUCUACAAGGGGCAGAUAUUUCACUCGAAACAAGCUGCACAGGUGGCGAUUAAAUAUCAUGCACUACAACGCAACUUUCAGUAUGGCGUGCUGGAGUCGUCACCUUCAAUCUGGAAUGUCAGAUGCUUGAAGCACAAGGAUGACAAUUGUCCUUGGACUGUCCGGUUUGGAUGUCGAGAUGUUGGAAGUGAAUGGACUGUGAGAAAGACCGAGUUGGUGCAUUCUGGUAGCAGUACGACUCAACCGACGGAUCAUCGCCAUCUUGAUGUCGACGUUAUAUCUGAGUCCGUGAAACAUUUGGUACAUGCCCAACCAAAUCUGAGUGUUCUAACUGUGCAGACUGAGUUGAAAGAUAAGUUUAAUAUGCAAGUUACUUACCAGAAGGCUUGGUAUGGGAAACAAAGAGCAUUGGAGAAGUUGCAUGAAAAUUGGGAAGAUCCUAUGAUUAUUUGCAAACAUUCUUGCGGGUGGUAAAGAGAAAAAUGUCAACAUCAGUGAUUGAUUGGGUAAGAGUUCCUUCAUCGCAACCAGAUCAUUUGAUCUUUCAGCCAGUAUUCUAGGCUUAUGGACCUUGUAUAGAUGGAUUCAAGAAUUGUCUAGGAGUCAUGGUUGUUGAUGGAACAUUUCUUAGUGGAAAGUAUAGGAGUGCUACUCAUGUCGAGCUCAUUUGAUGGCCGGAAGAAGAUUUUCCAAUUGUAUUUGCCAUAGUGGAGAGCGAGAAUACUGAUAGUUGUCCAUGGUCCAUAAGUCAUGUUCAAGGUUUGACCGAUCGAAAUGAUAUCUGCAUAAUCUCGGAUAGUCGUUGAUAGGAAUAUUUCAUGUGAUAACUGGGUGGACCAAAAUCAAAUUCGCUGGAGUUU